UCGUCUGAAGGUGAGCCAGCGCUGCAGUUCUCGCAGAACUUUGGAUAAGUGUGUAACUGUGUAACGUGAUUCUUGGCAGAGGAGAGGGUCCACAUAGGAACUCUUGUUCCAGGCACAACAGAAGUAACUUAGGUGCUAAGUUGAAUGGGAGAUAUCAACGACAUGGUGGCCCAUGAUAAGAGUCCUCCACCCUACACCAUUGCUCAGGAAUCCAAUGGACAGAUUAACCCGGCCUACCUAGCGGAUGGUCCCACCAAGGAACAAGUGGCUGCCAAAGAAAAGGAAAGUCAGGCGAGACAGGCACCUGAAGAUGAUCCCUGGGCUGUGGCGGAGAUCGGCGCAGAUCCCAAUGAGAAGAAAUGGGCCGAUAUGACAACGGAGGAGAAGGCGAAGCGGUUGGCCCUCAACAUCGUCAAGAUUAUCGUCGUCUUCGGAUUUCUGUAUCUUUUCAUCUGCUCCCUCGACUUCUUGUCUUCGGCCUUCAGACUCAUCGCUGGCAAAACUACAGGUGACGUCAUGAACAACGAAUAUGUGCGGAAUCCAAUCGUCGGUUUGAUGAUUGGCAUCCUGGUGACGGUCCUCGUUCAGUCCUCUUCUACCUCCACGUCUAUCAUCGUUUCCAUGGUUUCCGCUGGAAUCCUUAGUGUUCAUACUGCAGUUCCAAUGAUUCUGGGUUCCAACAUAGGCACUUCUGUUACCAAUACCAUCGUUUCACUAACUCAGGUGGGAGAUCGCAAUGAAUUUCGACGUGCCUUUGCCGGUGCCACUGUACACGACAUGUUCAACUGGCUCUCUGUCAUUGUCAUGCUCAUCAUUGAAAUUACCACAGGGAUGUUAGAAGCAAUAACUACCUCUAUGGUUCAGAACAUAGACAUGACCAACAAGGGCGGAGAAAUCAACACACUUAAAGUUAUUACUGAACCAUUCACAAAGCUUGUUGUUCAGUUGGAUAAGAAUGUUUUGAAGGCUUGGAGUACUGGAAUUGGAGAACUUGCCAAUGCAACUACCUUGAUAAAAAAAUACUGCAAAUAUGAGUGUGCAACUUCCUCCACCAUCGCACCUGUUACAAGGAGUUCAUUAUUGACAACUUCAUUGAGAGCAACUCCAAAAUCAUGUGGGAAAGUCGGCGUAGAAAACUCCUGCUUCUUCAUAUUUUAUAACACAAGCCUCAGUGAUGUCCAGAUUGGUGUAAUCUUAUUGAUAGCCUCCCUCAUCAUUCUCUGCUCUGCUCUGGUUGUUAUUGUCAAGAUUUUAAACUCGAUGAUGAAAGGUAAAAUGGCAAAUAUCAUCAGGACAACCUUAAAUGCGAAUAUUCCAUAUAUGCCUUGGCUCACUGGAUAUAUUGCCAUUUUAGUUGGCGCUUUUAUGACAUUCCUGGUCCAGUCUUCCUCGAUCUUCACUUCAACACUCACACCGCUCAUUGGUAUUGGUGUUAUUACUGUAGAAAGAUCUUACCCACUGACUCUUGGAAGUAAUCUUGGGACAACCACUACAGCUCUUUUAGCUUCUAUGGCUGGUGAUGGUGCUGGGGUCACUGAUGCCAUUCAGAUUGCCCUGGUUCACUUGUUCUUCAACAUCUUUGGAAUUCUUCUCUUUUACCCCAUCCCAUUCAUGAGGUUCCCUAUUCCACUUGCAAAAAAACUUGGGGACACAACUGCCAAAUACCGUUGGUUUGCCAUCUUGUAUCUUGUACUCAUGUUCUUUGUUGUACCUGGAUUUGUCUUCAUUCUAUCCUUAGGUGGACCAAUAGUCCUUGGAGUAAUUGGGGUUCCUAUUCUAGUUGUUAUGUUCUUAGCUAUCAUCAUCAACAUAAUUCAGAACAAGAAGCCUGACAUUCUCCCACAAAAAUUCAGAACUUGGGACUGGCUUCCCAAACCACUACAUUCUCUUGAGCCUUAUGAUGCAACGUGCCUGGCCCUCCCCUGCUGCAGAUCAUGCAGAGCAGAACAAGGUACAAAUGAACUCCAGAGCGUAGAGGUCGUCAAAGAAAAUGCACAUGAAAAUCAAGCUUAUGAAGAAAAUAUUGACACAAAAGUAUAAAUCAACAUAUUUUACAAUGUACUUAACUUACAAUAUAUUACACUGUGCUGUAUUGUUUGUGAUAUAUAGGUUAUAAUCUUCAUCACUACUUACAACUUUGUGUACUUUUUAUAUACAACUUUCAGUAAUUACAAAGUGAAAUCGAUUGUAAUGCUUCCAUUGCAUUAACUUUCAUAUGACCUUUUUUUAAAUUGUGCACCAAAUUGUCGGACACAUAAUGUUAUUACUUCUGUGCACCACUAGAUGUUAACUUUGUGUUGAUAGGAUCCGUUUUAGUGUCCUCAUUGUUUUUGUGUCUUUUUAACAAUAUUCUCUUUAUGCCUAAGAGUAAUACAUUUUUUUAGUAUCUCAUGCUGUUCCUGUACAUAGUUUUACAUUCUUUUUACAAUAUACUCCACUUUUAAGCUGUAAUUUUGUCCCAGUUUUACUGUUGUUCUUGUUACUUGGUACUUCAAGGCAGGCAAUUGUAAAGCUUGAUAACCCCCACCCCUCCUCACAUCAUAGUGUUAUCAAAGAAGAAAAAAGAUAUCUAGUACAUAAUAAUUUAUUUAGCUAAGGUCGUGCUCCACUACAUUCCAAGAUUUUUCUCUUUUGUAUUCACCUUCACGUAUCAUUUUGAUUUCAACUCAUCCUUCAUAAAUACCAUGAAUAUCAUUACUAUUAUCACCAAGAUCACUGUCAUCAUCUCAAUUUUAAACUAGAAGAUAUAGAAAAAUGGAAAAUAGUUGCUUUUAUACCUUUUACAUGAAUUGAGAUUAAAUUCCAGGCUACUUUUAUAAAAAUUUUACCAUAUUCUGCUUCUUGAGAAGAAUCCUAAAGAUUUUUUUUCACCUGAAGUGAUACAGGCUAAAAAACCACUCUUUUAAAAAGUCAGAACACUGCAAGUACCUGAAUUUAAAGCAUUCUAUUUCCAAAUUUGAUCAUUUUUUUUCUCUUACUAACAGUAGCAUUAUUCUGCGAGGAAUAAAAAAAAUUGAUGCUCCUCAAAGAGUGAACAGUAUUUCAAAUGUUUCAUAUAAAAAGAAAGAUAUUACUGGAAAUGGUCAUCCCUUCUUGAACCAAUGAAAUGUAUAUAUUUUAAAAUGUAUGUAUGUAUUGUAACCAUUACUGGAAAUUUCGGCUGUGCAUAGGCUUACUAGCUCAGAUAUAAUUUAAUGGCAACUCUUUGAAGCCGUUAUCUUUGCUGACCACAACCUAAUCUUAUUAUGGCUGUGCUAUGUAACUGUGCCUUUAUAGCCUUCUGAGUGUAAAGACAAGCCAACAUUCAACAUUCUGUUGUUCAUUUAUGUUUAUAUUUCGAGAAUAUACUACAGAUAUUGGUCAGAUGAACUUUUAUCAAAACUUUUGUUUUGCUAUUAAAGAACAAAUAGACUAGAGAAUUAAGCAUUCAGUAAAUAUCUAACGUUUUCAAGUCCUAUGUCUUUAAAGAGUAUCUCAUUUUCUGUAUCCAAUGCAACUUUGAAGCAAUUAAUACUUACUAAAGAAAAACGUAGUAUCUUAUAUACAAAACAGCUGUGAUCCCAGCUAGUUCUAGUUACUGUUGCUGUAUCUUAAGCCAGUUUUAUGUUUGUGCAGUCUGUCCUUUCCUUUAGAUUAUGCUUCAAGUACCGUCCCUUUCAAGUGCCUUAUGUAAGAUUGCAUACUACUAAGAUAAAAAAAUAAAUUUUUGACUUUCCACAGCAUUCUGUUUAUAUAAAAAAAUUUACUGUUUCCACAGAAUUUUUUUUAUAAGAAAACUUAUAGGGUAAAUUAUCUCCCAAGGUUACAAAGACUAGCGCUUUUAAAGUAUAAUUAAACGUUUGUAGUGGUACUACUAUUUACGUCCUUCGAAUAAUCUUUCCUCUCUAGAGGUGGAAAAUACGUCCACUUGACCAAAAGUUCAGUCUGACUUUUGCUUCCAUUUAAAAAGAAGAUUCAAAGACUUUUCUUGAUUAUAGAUUUGGCUAUUUUUAUAUAUCCUGAGGCAUUUCAAUAUCAUGCUGCUGUAUACUUUGAUUUAAUAUCAAAGUAUUGUAUUUUUGUAUAUUUUGUAGAUAGGUUCCCUUGUAAAAAUAUAUAUAUAGUUAUAUAUAAAAUAUUAGAACUAUACAGUAUGGAUUUAGCAUCCAAUAAAAUCUUAUUAUGGUAA